AUGGCUUUAUCAACCUCAUGCCAUGCCCGACCGGCAACUAGCGGACGCAACUGUUCGAGAUCGGGCCACGUCUUACCUGAUAGCAGUGACCUGAUAGGACUCAUCGAAACGCAACAUGAACAUCAAGCUGAAAAGCUGGCCAAAGUAGGAGGCAUCACCGGCGUUGCAGGGUCACUUGGUGUUGAUAUCACAAAGGGACUCAACUCUAAUGAUAGCGCCGAUUUAAGGCGACGAGAAGACAUGUUUGGGUCAAACUAUAUUCCGCCUCCGAAGCCGAAGGGGCUUUUAGAGCUUAUGUGGGAAGCGUUUCAAGACAUGACAAUUAUUGUGCUGACGAUAUCUGGUGUUCUUUCCGUAAUUUUAGCUAUCACUGUAGGUGAUCACCCAGAUACAGGCUGGAUUGAAGGCGCCUGUAUCAUUUUCGCUGUUCUUGUGGUUACAUUGGUGACAGCUGUCAAUGAUUACCAGAAGGAAGCCCAGUUUCGCGCUUUAAAUGCUGUCAAGGAGGACGAAAAAAUCAAAGUGAUUCGAAAUGGAGUUCCAGCGGAAGUGAGUAAGUUUGGAUUAGUGGUGGGUGAUAUCGUUCGUGUGGACUUGGGCGAUAUUGUGCCAGCCGACGGUAUUGUGUUUGACCAGAAAGAGCUCAAGCUGGAUGAGUCCGCUAUGACUGGCGAAUCUGAUUUGAUGUUAAAGAAUACCGAAAACCCUUUUCUCCUUUCGGGAACUAAAGUAAUGGAAGGUCUGGGCAAGAUGCUCGUGAUUUGCGUUGGUGAAAGCUCUCAAGCAGGUAUAAUCAAGAAGCUUAUCCUUGGUAAGGAUAAAGAAAAAGCCAAAGCGAAGGAAGUCGAGAACAAGGUUAAAUUACCUGACGCCCCGAUGAACCCCGGUCCAACGGCAGCUAAUGGCAGCGUCGAGCAGCAGGAAGAAUACGAUAAUGGAGAAUCGCAAUCACCUCUCGAGGCAAAGCUUAAUCGUCUGACAAUUCUUAUCGGGAAACUGGGUACGACGGUAGCUCUACUUGUGUUUAUUAUCAUGUCAAUUCGAUUCUCAGUGGAUAAUUUUACUGGAGACGAUAAGAAAGACUGGAAGGCCAAAUACGUCAGCGAUUACCUGCAGUUCUUCAUCGUGGCAAUCACUGUGCUUGUGGUUGCCAUUCCAGAAGGACUUCCACUUGCUGUCACUAUUUCAUUAGCUUAUUCCGUCAAGAAGAUGCUGACAGAUAAUAAUCUCGUGCGUCAUUUGGAUGCAUGUGAGACAAUGGGAAGUGCCACAACUAUAUGCUCAGACAAGACAGGAACUCUCACUACCAAUCGUAUGACCGUCAUGCAAGUCUGGAUUGGUGGUAACGAGUUUUCAUCAGCUUCUCAAGCCACAGACGAAAUGUCGGAGUCGACGCGUGACGUCUUUUGCAACGGUGUGUGUGUCAACUCGACGGCGGAAAUUCUCCCUCCAAAAGUUGCUGGAGGGCACCCAGAGCAUACGGGCAACAAAACCGAGUGUGCACUGCUGCAAUUUGUUCGUGAUUGCGGAGUCGACUAUUCAAGUGUUCGUACUAGCACUGAAGUUGGUCACAUGCUCACCUUCAGUAGCAAAAAGAAACGCAUGUCGGUAGUAGUCAAACGUUCAACUACAUCGUGUCGUAUUUAUACUAAAGGGGCUACUGAAGUGGUGCUAGGACUAUGCAAUAAGAUGAAGCGUCUUGAUGGUUCAGUUGCAUCGCUCGACGGAAACCAAAAAGAGAUCAUUGGCACGUCGAUUAUCGAGAAAUUUGCAUCUCAAGGCUUUCGGACGCUUUGUCUUUCGUACCGUGAUGUAGAGUUAUCAGCGGAAGAUAUUAGUCGAUGGCCAGACGAUGAGGUUGAGACAGAUUUGACGUGCAUUGCAAUUGUUGGGAUUGAAGAUCCUGUGCGUAAAGAAGUACCAGACGCAAUUAAACUUUGCCACCGCGCGGGUAUUGUCGUUCGGAUGGUGACUGGGGACAAUAUUAUAACUGCUCGAUCAAUUGCAGGAAAGUGUGGCAUUAUUACACCAAACGACGGUUCAUUGGUAAUUGAAGGGCAAGAAUUUCGGAUGCGUGUGCUAGACGGAAGUGGCAAUAUAAUUCAGGCGGAAUUUGACAAGAUCUGGCCGUCUUUGCGUGUGAUGGCGCGCUCGUCUCCAAAGGAUAAAUAUACGCUUGUGACCGGAUUGAUGCAAUCUAACUUGAUGCCAUACGGCCCACAGGUCGUCGCUGUCACGGGCGAUGGUACAAAUGACGCUCCUGCGCUUAAAAAAGCAAAUGUCGGCUUUGCAAUGGGUAUAAGCGGAACGGCAGUGGCGAAGGACGCAUCCGACAUAAUUUUGAUGGAUGACAACUUUACGUCUAUAGUGGGUGCUAUUAAAUGGGGUCGGAAUGUGUACGACUCUAUUGCCAAAUUUCUGAUGUUUCAGCUCACGGUUAAUGUCGUAGCAAUCAGCUUAGCCUUCUUGGGCGCUGUAAUAUUAGAGCAGUCCCCGCUAACUGCUGUGCAACUUUUAUGGGUCAAUCUCAUCAUGGACUCCUUCGCCUCCUUGGCCCUUGCCACGGAAUCUCCGACGCAGGCUUUACUGGAGCGUCGACCAUACCCAAAGACGAAACCACUGCUUUCGAAGAUCAUGACAAAGCACAUCAUUGGUCAAUCCGUCUACCAGCUUACGAUCCUGCUCUUGCUUACGUUCGUUGGCGAAAAAUUUAUUAACGUACCUUCUGGUCGCUUUCAGGAUCUGGACGAAAAUAUGAAGCAUGAACCCACGCAGCACAUGACUGUCAUUUUUAAUACGUUUGUGUGGAUGCAGCUGUUUAAUGAACUCAAUUGCCGGAAGAUUCACGAUGAGCCAAAUGUCUUUGAAGUGCACAGGAUCAUUUUUCAAUUGCAAGCCGUUAACUGCUGGUCAAUGGGAUUAUGCUAA